CCAAUUAGAACCUGGAUGUCAAAUUUUCAAAGCAAUUCAUUUGAUACGAUCUACUAGUAUUUGUUCAGAUUGGCUCUACUCUUCUACUAGCACAGGCUGCUGCAUACUUCCCAUAUAAUUAUGUUGAUUACGCUGAUUGAGACCCCGCAUGUCUUGCUUUGGAUUUCUGACUAAUAGCCAUCAUCUUAUAUGAUUGAUUAGUACCCAUCCUAAUCACCAAGGUGUAGGCAAGACAGAGACAAACGAAUCUUGUGCAACAUGCAAAUCUAUUUUUGAAGUGCAUUAUUGGCCACAUGGAGACAAAUCUAGUGCUUGCCACUUGGAUAGUAGCUCCAAAACAUUAGCUAUCAUGGACAUGGAAACUCUGCAAGGAUAACAACUCCAUGCUUCAACUUGUUUUAGACCAAUUGCUUUGAUCAGUCGGGUGCUAGCUAAUUAAAGGCAACUUUUUCUUGGAAAGAAAAAGGAAAACAAGCCUGAGGUUUUCUAUUAUUUCCCGGUAGCCGGCACAACCUGCUGCGUCAAGACCAAGUGAACGACUCAAGUCUGAUGGGUACUCUUAUUGACUACUACAGUAUUAGGGAGUUCCGAAAGCAACUGAUAUGCCGUACGUAUCAGCUGCCAAAAGGUUCGAGCCUUCUUUUAUUCCAAGUUACCACUACUGGUGAUACAUAAGCGCGCGUUGUUGAUCAUCUGGCAGAAGAAAAACAAGAACCUGCUUUAGUGUUUGUAGCUAGCUAUGUGGAAGAAAAGUCACCCACCAGAAAGAGAACGAGGAAGAAAAAGCCUCAGCGCUGAGGAUAACGACGCCGCCCUCCACCUCCUGUCCUCGAAACUGCACAAGCCCCCUCCACCUCCUCAGUCCUCACCCACCCACCCAACAAAUUUCGUCUUCUCACGGCUCCAGGUUGCCAUGGCGGCGGCCAUCGGCGUCACCAUCCUGUUCCUCCUACUCACACCGUCUCUGGUGGCCGCCGAUGUGUUCUGUGACAACGUCAAGGCCGUCGCAGCCAUCCUCUCCAAUAACGCCUCCUCUUCCCCGGUACACUUCGCCAGCACCAACUAUGGCCAGGCCCCCGACGUGGUCUCCGCGCUCGCGCUCUGCGGCGGCGACAUCCUCGACGGCUCCACCUGUGGCGUGUGCAUCACCAACUGGUUCGAUCAGGCGCUAAGCGUGCCGCAGUGCGCCAAGGUCGACUCCAACUACCGGGACUGCAUCAUUGCGUACGGUGGCGCCGCCGCCAACAUCCUAGCAGCACCCUCGAAUUCCACGGGAGGAUCCGGCGACAACACGCCGCCCUUCGAGAACUGGAACAUCAGGAAUGUCUCCGGAGGCAACGUCUCCCUCAUCGCCAGCCUCACCCGCGAGUUGCUGGCGGCGACCGCGGAGAAGGCGGCCGGCACGGUUCCGAGCCGGUAUGCCACUGGCGUCAUGAACAUGGCGAGAGUGUCCACCACCUACCCGAGCGUGUACUCGCAGGCGCGGUGCACGCCAGACCUGCCCGUCGACGAGUGCUCGGCAUGCCUGCGCCGUCUCCUCAGCAUGGUCAACUCCACCAUGUCCCUGCGCAUGGGUGGGCAGAUGGGUGUCACGCGUUGUUAUUUCAGGUACGACGCGUUUCAGUUCUACGCUGGUCAACCACUGUUAAGUCUGCCGGCGUCGGCGGCAGCUCCGACUCCGACCAAACGCAAGAGUAUAUUGUGGGUAAUUCCCGUAGUUGCAGUUCCUCUAAUUGCAGCAGCAUUUCUCCUCUCCAUCUGUUUCUUUCGUCGGCUUAAAAGGCAAAGAAAAGGGUCAAGAUACUGGAGGAAGAGGCAAGGGAAAAAUGCGGAGUUUUGUUUGUUUGACUUUGAAGAGCUACUGGAGGCUACAAGUAAUUUUUCAGAGGAAAACAAACUUGGAGAAGGCGGCUAUGGCACUGUCUAUAAGGGCCAGCUUCCAGAGGGGUUGGAGGUAGCGGUUAAGAGGCUUGCAUCACAUUCAGGGCAGGGUUUCAUAGAGUUUCAAAAUGAACUCCAGCUCAUAGCCAAACUACAACACAUGAAUUUGGUUAGGCUCUUGGGAUAUUGCUCACGAGAAGAGGAGAAAAUAUUGGUCUAUGAAUACUUGCCGAACAAAAGCCUGGAUUACUUCAUCUUUGAUGAGAAUAAAAGAGCUUUACUGGAUUGGUCAAAACGUGUAGCAAUAAUUGAGGGAAUAGCACAUGGACUUCUUUACAUGCAUAAGCACUCCCGGUUGCUUGUUAUACACCGAGAUCUUAAACCGAGCAACAUUCUCCUGGACAGCGAAAUGAAUCCAAAAAUUUCAGAUUUCGGGCUAGCAAAAAUAUUCAGCUCAAAUGACAGCGAAGGAGACACUACAAGAAGAGUGGUUGGCACAUAUGGCUACAUGGCCCCUGAGUAUGCUUCCAAAGGUAUCUUCUCUGUUAAAUCCGAUGUCUUCAGCUUUGGUGUAAUAAUUUUGGAGAUCCUUAGCGGAAAACAAAAUUCUGGUCACCAACAAUGUGGAGAUUUCAUCAAUCUGCUUGGACAUGCAUGGCAACUAUGGGAAGAUGGAAAGUGGAUAGAUCUCGUUGAUGCAUCAUUGGUUCCCUGUAGUCAGUCCGCAAAGAUGAUGAGGUGCAUUAACAUAGCAUUGUUGUGUGUACAAGAGAAUGCAGUCGAUCGACCAACCAUGGGAGAUGUUGUUUCAAUGCUAAGCAAUGAGACUAUGAUCUUGGAUGUGCCUAAGCAGCCAGCAUAUAUCAAUGUAAGAGUGGGAAAUGAAGAUUCUUCCACCGCUCCCGAGUCAUCUAGUAUUAAUGGCAUGACUAUAUGUCUCACACCAAGAUAGUAUUUUUUUUCCGUGUUACUUUUUCUUUUCAAUUUUCAUGUUGUAGUAUUCAAAAACUUAGAUGCUUGUAUAACCGUAAGUUCAAGUGCUGUUUCAAA